UUUUUUUGUUUAAUAAGACAACCUUGACAUGGUUAUUUUUUACUCGAUAGUCAGAGAAGGAAUGUGCAUCGAGGACGAGGAGUAAAGCGAAGCAAAGCAAAAGCAAAGUAAAACUCUUGUUGGAGCUCACAACCUUGCCUUUUGUACAAUUUAACGUAAAGUUUACCCAGCGUACAGGCAAGAACCGCGUUUACUUUUCGUUGGUUUUCUCAAGCCGGCUUCUCUCAACAUAUUAAGUUGGUUGUUGGGUCAUACAUUAGUUGGGUGUUGCUGCUUUUGAACACACAUAGCUGUCGUACAACCUGUGCCAGUUACGAGGAAAAUCAUUAGUUUCAUUGAAGAAUAGUUCAAAAUGGCAAACCAACAGUACUACCCUUUUAAGUGUACUCCCACAGUCUACCCUGCCGAUCCUUUCGACCCUGUUGCCGAUGCUGCAACCCUUCGAAAAGCUAUGAAAGGAUUUGGUACCGACGAGAGGGCCAUUAUUGACGUUCUUGCAAGAAGGGGAAUCGUUCAAAGACUCGAAAUAGCAGAAACGUUUAAAACAUCAUAUGGCAAAGAUCUGAUUUCUGAAUUGAAAAGUGAACUAGGGGGAAAGUUCGAAGACGUUAUUGUGGCUUUAAUGACACCCCUACCCCAAUUUUAUGCCAAGGAACUUCACGAUGCUGUUGCCGGAUUGGGAACUGACGAAGAAGCCAUAAUUGAGAUCUUGUGUACACUUUCGAACUAUGGAAUCAAAACCAUCGCCCAGUUUUAUGAGCAAAUGUACGGAAAACCCCUCGAGUCUGAUUUAAAGGGCGACACAUCUGGUCAUUUCAAACGCCUCCUGGUUUCGUUGGCCCAGGGAAACCGUGAUGAAAAUCAAGGUGUAAACGAAGCCCAGGCGACAGCCGAUGCCGAAGCCCUAAUCAAAGCUGGCGAAGCAAAAUGGGGCACUGAAGAAUCCGAAUUUAACAAGAUCCUGGUCACAAGAAGUUACCAGCAAUUAAGGCAAACAUUUGCCGAAUACGAAAGACUGACAGGGAAAGAUAUUGAAGAAGUUAUUAAAAAGGAAUUCUCAGGAAGCGUGCAGAAAGGUCUACUUGGAAUUGUAAAAUGUGUAAAAAGCAAAGUGGGCUAUUUCGCCGAACGUUUGCACGACGCCAUGGCUGGGUUAGGUACCAAAGACAAAACUCUCAUCCGUAUAAUCGUAUCAAGAUCUGAAAUCGAUUUGGGAGACAUCAAGCAGGCAUUCGCCGACAAGUAUGGAAAAUCGCUUGAAGAUUGGAUCACCGGCGACACAUCGGGAGAUUACAAGAAAGUUCUACUGAGUAUCAUCGAUUAAAAAAAAAAAAAAAAA